AUGGCGAGCGCGCAGGUCUCACCAGAACUACCCAGGCCAUCAUUUGCCAAGGUGGCUGCAUCCGUCUCGAAAGAGGCCCUUCCUUCGCCGGGACAGGCCACCAACCACACGCCCAGUGCCGAGCACAACGCAAACAUCAUGAAGCCCGUCGUGGUCAGUAGUGCGCCCGUCGUGGUGCCACGUUCACAUCCUACCUCACCCCCCGAAGCAGGCAUACCAACGGCCCCAAGAGGCAAAUCAGCAGAUGUCGACAACGCUUCGGCAGCGCUCCACGGCCUGAAACUUGGCCCAAAGGUCCCCAGUCUCGUGGUCGAUGGGAGCAGCUCCGCGCCGGAUCGCCAGCGAAGUUUGAUCAGCAGGGAGAGCGGAUCUGACGAGUCGCAGAAAUGUGACUCGAGCUCGGAGCUCGGGACUAAGCCACCCAGCUUGGACGGCAAGAGCAUCACUUCAGGGACGACGUUCGCUAUGGACGAGAAAGAGUCGCUGCGCCCUGAUGACAGCGCCAGUGUCAAGGCCGCGGCUGAGGAUGACGAUGCCUUCUCAAUUCGCGGCUCCUUCAUCGCUGGUUCCCGAAUGAGCUCAGACAUCGCCGCUCGUGCCCGGGGCAUCCAGCUCGGCGACAUCCCGGAGCGAAGGCUGGUGCAUCCUCCUACUGGACCUCUCGGACACGGCAUCCUGACGCCCCAGAGUUCCACGUCAGAGCAGCCCCCCGCCCUCAACUCGGCGAUACCGCUCAGCGCAGAGGGCUCUUCUGAUGCACUCAACGUCAUAUAUCGCCAGGCACCCGACGAGAAGCUGCUUGACGCCCUUGCCAGCCCCAGGGACCGAUACUUCCUGCUGCGGCUCGAGAAGGAUGUCAUCGAUUUUGUACAAGACUCCAAGGAGCCGUACAUGGACUUGCCUCCGUCAAACUCAUUCUGUCGAAUGUUGACGCACAAGUUGGCAGACUAUUAUCACAUGACGCAUUCUUUUGAACCGCAUAUUGGAUCCGUUCGCAUAUUUAGAACGCCUUUCUGUCGGGUUCCGCCGUCCUUGGCCACCAUGGCCCCGCAACCGAGCGCCUCUGCUAGCAGCACACCGCCUCCUGCUGUGCUGCCCAAGAAGAUCAUGCGCCGCGGGCAAGACAACGAGGGUGGCCCUAUCAGCGCAAGCGCGUCGAAGCCGACGUCAGAGUCGGGUAGUGAUGGCAAAGAUGGCAAGGACAAGCAGCCCGUGGCCAAAGAGAAGAUGUCGAGAGAAGAGCGGGAAGAGAUGUACAAGCUGGCUCGCGAGCGAAUCUUCGGAAGCUCCGAAAACAGCGUUCAAGAGAAUGAUGGCGAGAGCGGCAUGUCCCGCACGAGCUCCGUGUCCGCCAACAACAAGGUCAACGGUGCAAAGCGUGGCAAGGUUGGCAAGCAGCGUCGAGAUGACUCAGACAGCUUUGACUCGAGGAACCUGUACACGCCUUACUGGGGCCCCCAGCAGCAGACUUGGGUACCGCAACCGCAAGGUCAGUUCAUGGCUCCGGCUCAGGGUCAGUUUGCGGCACAGCCACCGCCUGCGUUUCCAGGACAAGUCACGCCCGUAUAUGCUCAACAGCCUCUGGGCUAUCCUGCAAUGGCCAACAUGGCUCCCAGCCCCAGCUAUCCUGCCUACGGCCCGCCCCAGUAUGCACCGCCCCCGCCGCCCCAGCAAAGAUAUCAACCUGGCGGCAGCCCGAUGACGGCAUAUGGCUCGCCGGUUCCGCAAGCUGCGGUCCCCCAGGCAUGGCAACCAGGCUUCGUGCCUCCGGCCUAUCAAGCUAGGGGCCCGGCACCACCCACCUCGCACAAUCACAUGGGCAUCCCGUAUGCCUACGGGCAGCUACCCGCGAAUGCAAACCCGAACGACCCUAAGAGUCAGCACCCUAUCCCGGGCAGCUACAACCGGAACCACGCCUUCAACCCCAAGACGCAGUCCUUUGUCCCUGGUGGGAGCGCGAUGCACCCGAUUCCGCCCCCUCAGCCCCCCUUUACGGCACCCGGGUCCCAUCACGGGAGCCCCCAGAUAGGGACACCUCACCUGGCCUAUGCGGCUUAUCAGCCCGCUGUGCCUCCGUCGUACGGCGGGGGCUAUGGCAUGGCGAGGCAGGGCUCCAACAACUCCAUACCCUCGUACCAUGGCCCUCCCAUGACCCAGCAUGUGCCGCCGCCGAUGCAGAGCAUGCCGCCGCCUCCCCAGCAUGUUCCCCAGAGCGCCCCGGCCCAUGUCGCUAACCGUCCGGCCGUGCCAGUGGUACCGAAUCAAAUAUAUAGUCACCUACCCACCUACGGCAACCCGGCUACGUUGCCGCAGAAGCCAGCCGCUGGAAUUUAG